UUGUUUUGUGUUUUUGUAUUUAAGUUUAACUUUUCAUUAAAUGACUGAUCCGUCCAAACAUAAGACAUGACCACUACUACUACAACUACUACUACACCUCCCGGUGUUAACAACAAGCCUUUCCUUGAGUUGGAUGAUCUAAAUGACUGUCUGCACGAGUUUUGGCUAAAAAAUGACUUGUUGUUGACCCGAUGUCGACAACUGUUGGCCCGUGCGAUCAGCCACAAGUCCAACACCAAUAUUGCCAAAAGUUUCGGCACCGGUAUCGGCGGUGCAGGUGCUCUGGCAAUGGCCGCUGGUGUAGGCCUGGCUCCGUUUACGGCCGGUGUGUCCACUAUUGUUACGCUUGGCGGCGCCGUCAGUACGGCUGUUGGCGCGAUGACCGUCUACGGUACCGAUGCCAAUGACUACUGGUUUAAUCGUGAAGUGCACGCCGAGCUCAGAGAGUUGGCCACCGAUCGCAAUGUGUCGGCUGAUCGACUGUUCGACGAGUUGUCCCACUAUGAUGUCGAUCUCAAUCGCUACGACUCAUUGGAGGACAAAAGUCGACCCGUCGGUGACGAUGACGAUAGUCUUGUAAAGUUUUUGCAGUACGUGGCCAACGGAUCGUUGACCGCCUGCAAGGUUGGCGACAAUACUGUCAAAUUGGUCGACGCUAUUAAAGAGUAUCGCACUUUGAAGACAACAAAAGAGUUAGCCCAAAGUGUUGAUGUUGUCCAUAAAGCUGGUUACAGUGUCGGCCAAUUGUUGACCAUUAAAGCGCACGGUUUAAGCGCUAUAGCGGCCGCCACCCGUACGGCUGCGCCGACUAUCGGAAUGUUAGCCUUGAAGUCGGCAUCGGCAGCUUCGGGACUGUUGUUCACAUUCAUAGAUGUGGUAACACUGAUGAAAGACUGGGAUAAACAGCCGCCGACUGUCGACGAAAUUAACAGUUUGGUCGACGACUUGAACCGAGACUCGGCCCUCAUUAUUACGAUCAGUGCAAUGAUGGCCAGUGCUCUGGACAAUAGUCCGUGCAUUCAAUUACCGAUUUCUAUAAAACCUGUUAUUAUCGACAAUAGUGAUAAUAAUGUCGUCAGUGAUGACGACUCCUGGGUUGUCAUACAAGAUAAUGAUCUUAUAUAA